UUUAAAGCCGGCAUUCGUACAAUUCUCCAUCUGUGUGACAAAACGUAUGGCAACGAACGGACAGGAUGGCCUUGCAUCCCGUGUCAGUCUGCAAGCUCUGGCGUUAAAGUUAACAGGCGAACGAUGGCGCUUAAAAGGAUUGCUAAAGACCACGAAGAACUACAAAGUCACCCGCUCGAGAACCUGUGGGCGUGUCCGAACGAGGACAAAGACGACCCUUACAUAUGGCAGGUGACGAUGCUGGGGCCGCCGGAGACGCCUUACGAAGGAGGGAUUUUCUUCCUCGACAUGUAUUUUAGUGAAGAUUAUCCCUGGAUGAAACCGAAGGUGCAGUUCAGCACGGCAGUUUAUCACCCAAACGUAAAUAGCAGGGGUGAAGUGUGUCUUGACCUUUUGACGAAUAACUGGAGGCCUGAUUUUACGAUUUCUUCUGUGCUCCUCGGCCUUUACUCACUUAUGGCGGACCCAAGUCCUGAGGAUUUCUUGGACCUGGAAAUAGCAAAUGAGUUUGUAGAUGAUAGAGAGAGAUUUAACGAAACAGCCAGAGAUUGGACGAAAAAGUGGGCAUGUUAACACUUUUUUAUUCGAGACAGUAAUUAUAUGUUACAAACGUUAAUUCAGAAAUGAUUUUGCGUUACCUAUCGAGGGAAGCCGAUUUUUUUUUUUUUUUUUUUUUUUUUUUGUAUAUGUGAAUGUCAUUAAUGUAUUUUCUAUUUUUACUGUAGUCGUGUAAUUUAUGUAAUAGAAGCUAUUAAACUUAUAGUUCUGUAGAAACCUGUAUAAUUAAGCCUUCUCUGUAGUUAUUUACCGAUGAGAAUAAUGGUUACUUUAUACUUCCUCUCUUUUUGAAUUAUAAGAUAUGGAGUGGUCUGAUAUUUUUAAUGAAUAUGUUGCGUCUUCAAUAAGGUUUUAUCGGGAUUUAAAGUUUUCCUAGCAAACGUUUGAUUUAAUUGCACCAAAUAAUGGUAUGACCGAUACGUACAUUUCGUGGUCCUGUCGCACCAGUCGGCGAGACUUGAGGCAGGACGAAACGCACCGCGCUUGAAGAGCUCUCGUGAACGCAGGGAUGGUAAUGCACAGCGCGGUUCUGCGAGGGAAUGCCCUUAAUUCCGCCUUUUCCGACGGUUACGGCCUCCACGACGCCUCUCGCCACUGGAACUGAGUAGGCGGUGAACAUUUGUCGAGUUGCUAAAUGCAUUUUUCUUAUUUAGGUUAUUUUACUGCAUUUCGUACUCAUAGAGGGCAUUUAUGACUAAGCACAGUGACACAGGACAAAUGCUCAUUGCUGAGUAACAUAAUGAAAAGAAUACGUCUGUUUUUCUUACCCUUUAUAAUUUGUUUUCUUAUUUUGGCGAAGAAUCAUACUAGAGGAAGUCAAUGUAUUUCUUAAUGAAUAAAAAUAACUCACAACUACAGCCAAUAUGUACAGCACGAUCCUGCUUGGUGUGGGUUAUAUACUUCCAAAAAUAGUGUCCCCCACUCUACCAAAAUACACUGUGCUCACCACCGACACAAAGUGAUGUAGUAGCAAAAGGCUCGAACAAACGUGAUAUGACAAAAUGAUUUAAAACUUACCUUCCUGUAACUAUCACCAUUUGCGAAAUACAGGUAUGCUGAUGUGUAGAGUAAUAAAAGAAAACCACAUUUU